CCAAUACCCGUAGUUUCGGGGUCCUCUUUGGGAGUCGCGGACGUGAAGCCAGAGGACCCACUCUCCGCGAGCCCAGAUGCCCGUCCAGCCUCCAAGCAAAGACACAGAGGAGAUGGAAGCAGAGGGCGACUCAGCCGCCGAGAUGAAUGGGGAAGAGGAAGAGAGUGAGGAGGAACGGAGUGGCAGCCAGACCGAGUCAGAGGAGGAGAGCUCAGAGAUGGACGACGAGGACUACGAGCGGCGCCGCAGCGAGUGUGUCAACGAGAUGCUGGACCUGGAGAAGCAGUUCUCGGAGCUGAAGGAGAAGUUGUUCAGGGAGCGACUGAGUCAGCUGCGGGUGCGGCUGGAGGAAGUGGGGGCCGAGAGAGCGCCCGAGUACACGGAGCCCCUGGGGGGGCUGCAGCGGAGCCUCAAGAUUCGCAUUCAGGUGGCAGGGAUCUACAAGGGCUUCUGUCUGGACGUGAUCAGGAAUAAGUACGAGUGUGAGCUGCAGGGGGCCAAGCAGCACCUGGAGAGUGAGAAGCUCCUGCUCUAUGACACCCUGCAGGGCGAGCUGCAGGAGCGGAUCCAGAGGCUGGAGGAGGACCGCCAGAGCCUGGACAUCAGCUCUGAGUGGUGGGAUGACAAACUGCACGCCAGAGGCAGCUCGAAGACCUGGGACUCCCUGCCACCCAGCAAGAGGAAGAAGGCGCCUCUUGUUUCUGGCCCCUACAUCGUGUACAUGCUGCAGGAGAUUGACAUCCUGGAGGACUGGACGGCCAUCAAAAAGGCUAGGGCAGCUGUAUCCCCUCAGAAGAGAAAAUCAGAUGGACCGUGAGCCUGCUGUCCACAGCCAGCAGGCCCCUUGGAGCAGCUGGCACUAGACCCAGGAUUUGCAUUAUCUUGCUGCAGAAAGGCAGACUGACAGGCCCCUCAGGGUCUGCCCAGCCAGCUCUCCAGCGCUGCUGCUGGGCCCUCCCCUCCAGCCACCACUGGUCUGGACUCCUGCCCGUCCUCGGGGGCCUGUACAGCUGUGGCCCGGAGCUGCCCUCGCCGGGCAAGACGGUCUCCUCCAUCCCCAACCAGCCCACCUCCUCCCCCUCCCGAAGGUCAGCCUCCUCUGUGCCCUCCCCGACAAUGAGGACGUCCCUCGUCUUAAGCCAAAGCAGCAUGCUUCUUGCUGACCGUGGACCCGGCUCCCCAGUCACUGGGCCAGUGAGUUGGGCCCCGCUUCGUGGGAACUUUGAGCCAGAAAUUAUAUUUGGGGGGCCUGUCUGUCCUGGCUGUUGCUGGAGCAGGCUCUCCAGGUCUUCUCAAGGCGGUUCUUGGUGUCUUCCUCCCAGAUUUGGGGGACUGGAAUUAAAACCUUUCCUGGGA